AUGGCCGAGUUUCUCUUCGAAAACGGAAUGAAAGAACCGAAAAUUGAGGAGGACUUCGAAGAAUUUGAGCUUUUCAAAGUACCGGAUCUAUUGGAGAUUGAAGUGAAGCAGGAGGUCCAAGAUGAGUAUGAUACACAAUUCGGCGCCUCGGAAACGGAAAUACAAAAUGAAGUUAGCCCUCGAACUGAGUCAACGCAAAAAAAAAAUGUAAUUUUCAGCUUUUCUGCCAUCCCGAAAUGAAGGAGAAACACGAAACGACCAUUCCAUACAAUAAAACAUGGCAAAGUCUGACAAAAUUAGAAAAAGUUUGAAAAAAGCAAGUUUUCAGGAACACCUGAAAGACUGCCGAUCGAAAUUCUUCGCAGACUGGAAGAGGCCUAUCUCGCAAAAAAGUACGCCUCGAAUAGCAAAUUGUGGAGCUACGAUGAGAUUCGUCAGCUCUCCGCCCAAUUGGACGGACUCUCCGAGCUUAAUAUCGCCAGAUGGAUAUCGGAAAGAAACAGCGUCGCCCGAGCAGUGGAGCAGCAGAAAAACCCAACGAUGACCGCAUCACUCGAUAUAGAACAGAACUUCGACUUCGUUCCACUGCAGAAAUGGAUCAGAGAGAAACCGAUGGACGAGAUCUUUUGGAAAAACACUUCUGAACAAUCAAAGCCCAUUGUAUUUAGACUCUAAAUUGUUUUGUGAAAAUACAGCGCUUUCAGACCCAUAAUCUCGAUGAGUCAUUUACGGACGAUGAGAAAGAAGACGUUGAGUUGGAUGAGUCGGUCGACCUAGUUGAUGCGAAACCGGUAGAAGUGAGACUACGAGAUGCUCGUCAAGCCAUUUCCGAUUUUUUCCGCACGAAUCACCAUCCAUCGCCUGAAGAUCUCCGCGCGUUUUCCGAUACAUACGGCGUCAGAUAUCGGUCGAUAGUUGAAAGUUUGGACAGGAAACGAGCGUCGAAACAAAUAGUCUGUGAACCGAACGACAGCUGCUCCAGAAUUAGUUCGUAUUUUGCCAGAGAAUCGGAGCCGAUCAGACUGUUACCGAUCAGUAAACACAAGGAGAAAAUUGUGGAAGAGAUACUGGAAAAAAUUAUUUGGACGAGAAAAUGUUUCGAUAUUGGAAGUGUGCAUAUGGUAAACGUCUUCUCUCCAGAAACGUUAGACGAAAAUGCGUUUCUAGUUGAUGGAUCUAACGGAUUUGUCGCCGACCUACCUCCGUACUCAGUACAGCAAAUGGAAGUACCGACUGCUCAACGCGAAACAAUUGAAUUACGGAAUCGAAGAUUGGAAGCGAGACAACGCGAUGGGUACGGUGCGAAAUGAAACAACUGUUGCAAAUGAAAGGGCUUUCAGAUCCGAGCGACCUGUCCCUUCCGAUCCUUCGACAACUGGAGGACGCCUACCUCAAAAAGAAGUACAGUUCGGCGGAGAAAGAAUGGAGUGGCGAAGAACUGCAGAGGCUUUCCGAGCAACUAGACGGAUUGUCCGAGUACACAAUCAACAAAUGGAUCAAAAUUCGAAACGACGCCGCCAAAAACAUUCUGCCCUACAUUAGUCCUUCAAAGCGGCAGGAGAUGAAGAAGGGAGGAAAACGUGUGGAAUACAAGACAAAGCUGCUCCUCGAGGAAUUUGAAAUCAACCCCAGACCGGAUAGAAUGAAGAUUGAGGAUCUGGCGAACACACUCGAUAUGACAUUACACGCCGUUCGAGGAUUCUUCGCCAGACGACGUCGUUUGAUGAGACAAGCAACUUCACAGCUUUCCUGA